UAAGCGCAGGUUAAAGCGGAGUGGGUGCGAGGCCGGUCAUGCUGUGACGAGCUUUUCUGUUAUUUGGAGAUACGACUGGACGCGUGUGGAUAUCUUAGCUGGUUUCCACCUGUAGGAUGAAAGAGAAGGAGCCGUAACAAGAUGGGGAGAAGCCGUGCGCUUUAUAGCUAUUGGAUUUGCGGCGAUGCGCCGAGAACAGUGCUGCUGCUGGUGCUGAUGCUGAUGCUGAGCGGGCUAUUUAUCAGCUGCUCCUGCGCGAUGCCGCAUGUCCUCAGAUUCGGAGGGAUUUUUGAGUCUGUUGAGAGUGGGCCUUCUGGAGCUGAAGAAUUGGCCUUUAAAUUUGCACUGAACACGAUCAACAGGAACAGAACACUGCUGCCCAACACAACGCUCACUUAUGACAUCCAGAGAAUCAAUGUAUUUGACAGCUUUGAGGCUUCUAGAAAAGCUUGCGAGCAGCUCUCAUUAGGUGUUGCAGCUAUAUUCGGCCCAUCGCACAGCGCCUCAGCCAAUGCGGUGCAGUCCAUCUCCAAUGCUCUGGGGGUGCCACAUAUCCAGACCAGAUGGAAGCACCAGAUCUCAGAUAACCGUGACUCUUACUAUGUCAGUCUCUACCCUGACUUCUCCUCCCUCAGUCGAGCUAUCCUGGAUCUUGUUCACUCCUUCAGGUGGGAGACAGUGACUGUGGUGUAUGAUGACAGUACAGGUUUGAUUCGUCUUCAAGAGCUGAUCAAAGCUCCCUCUAGAUACAACAUUCGUCUGAAAAUCCGCCAGCUGCCUUCUGAGACCAAGGAUUCAAAGCCACUCCUUAAAGACAUGAAGAAAGCAAAAGAGUUCCAUGUUAUCUUUGAUUGUAGCCAUGAGAUGGCUGCGUGGAUACUUAAGCAGGCUCUUUCUAUGGGGAUGAUGACAGAGUAUUAUCACUACAUCUUCACAACGCUGGACUUGUUUGCAUUAGAUAUGGAGCCAUAUCGAUACAGUGGUGUGAACAUGACUGGCUUUCGGAUUCUGAACACAGAGAGUGCACAGGUGUCUUCAAUCAUAGAGAAGUGGUCCAUGGAGAGAUUACAAGCUCCUCCUAAGCCAGACUCAGGCCUGCUGGAUGGAUUCAUGACGACAGAUGCAGCGCUGAUGUAUGAUGCUGUGCACGUUGUAGCAGUAGCCGUGCAGCAAGCCCAGCAAAUCACUGUCAGCUCUCUACAGUGCAACCGACACAAACCCUGGCGCCUCGGAGGAAGGUUUAUAAGUGUCAUUAAAGAGGCUUCGUGGGAUGGUCUGACAGGGCGAGUUCUCUUCAACAAAACAAAUGGCUUGAGAACGGAAUUUGAUCUUGAUGUAGUCAGUCUUAGGGAGGAUGGACUGGAAAAGAUUGGCACAUGGGAACCCGUGAAUGGUCUAAACAUUACAGAGAAUCACAAGACUAAAGUGACCAAUGUUACAAACUCCUUAUCCAACAAGUCACUAAGAGUUGCCACUAUUCUGGAAGAACCCUACAUCAUGUUCAAGAAGUCAGAUAAACCUCUCGGUGGCAAUGACCGCUUUGAGGGCUACUGUGUGGAUUUGUUGCGUGAGCUUGCAGCUAUUCUCGGCUUUCGUUACGAAAUUCAUUUGGUGGAGGAUGAAAAGUAUGGGGCACUAGAAGAGAGCACGGGCCAGUGGAAUGGCAUAGUCCGAGAACUCAUAGACCAUAAAGCAGACCUGGCAGUGGCACCUUUAGCCAUAACAUAUGUGAGGGAGAAGGUCAUCGAUUUCUCAAAGCCCUUUAUGACUCUCGGCAUCAGCAUCCUUUACCGCAAGCCCAAUGGCACCAAUCCUGGUGUCUUUUCUUUUCUCAAUCCCCUCUCCCCUGAUAUCUGGAUGUAUAUUCUGCUGGCUUACUUGGGUGUCAGUUGUGUGCUGUUUGUCAUAGCCAGGUUCAGCCCAUAUGAGUGGUAUAACCCCCACCCCUGUAACCCUGAGUCUGACAUGGUGGAGAAUAACUUUACACUGCUAAAUAGUUUCUGGUUCGGAGUUGGGGCUCUCAUGCAACAAGGAUCUGAGCUGAUGCCCAAAGCUCUGUCCACCAGGAUAGUUGGAGGAAUCUGGUGGUUUUUUACCCUGAUUAUCAUAUCCUCAUACACAGCAAACCUGGCUGCAUUUCUCACUGUGGAGAGGAUGGAGUCUCCCAUAGACUCAGCUGAUGAUUUGGCCAAGCAGACCAAAAUCCCUUAUGGGGUGGUCGAAGAUGGAUCAACUAUGACAUUUUUUAAGAAGACCAAGAUUUCCACUUAUGAUAAGAUGUGGGAGUUCAUGAACAGCAGAAGGCAGUCUGUGAUGGUAAAGAGUGUGGAGGAGGGCAUCCAGCGAGUACUUACUUCAGACUACGCUUUCCUUAUGGAGUCCACCACCAUCGAGUUUGUGACGCAGCGCAACUGCAACCUUACGCAGAUUGGAGGCCUGAUCGACUCCAAGGCAUAUGGAGUGGGAACCCCAAUGGGCUCUCCAUAUCGAGACAAGAUUACUAUAGCAAUCCUGCAGUUACAGGAAGAAGGAAAGCUACACAUGAUGAAAGAGAAAUGGUGGAGAGGAAAUGGAUGUCCAGAGGAAGAGAGCAAGGAAGCAAGUGCACUUGGUGUGCAAAACAUUGGGGGCAUUUUCAUUGUGCUGGCUGCAGGCCUGGUACUCUCUGUUUUUGUGGCUGUAGGAGAAGUGCUGUACAAGUCUAAACAGAAUGCACAUAUAGAGAAGCGGUCAUUCUGUAGCGCUAUGGUGGAUGAGCUAACCAUAUCUCUAAAGUGUCAACAGCGGCUCAAACAAAAACCUCAACCUCCUGCCAUUGUGAAAACAGAGGAGAUGAUAAACAUGCACACCUUUAACGACAGGAGACUGCCUGGAAAAGAGACCAUGGCCUAAGGGUCAGCUAUUACUUCCCUGCCUCUCUCCCUUUCAUGGGGACAAAGUAGGGACAAAUAGAGACCUGACAGAAACUAAUCCCACAAUGCCUUUGGGUCCACUUGGACUUCUUCAGCUUUUGUCCCCAGGGAUGUUUCCUGUGGAAAUCCAGAUACCUGGGUAUAACAGAUCAGCAUACCUUUACAAAACUGCAUAGCGAUUGUGUUGGUUUAAACCAGGGUUGUCAAACAUAUGGAUUAUGGGCCAGAACUGGUCUGCAAUGACACGAGUUCUGUAACAGAAUUUGACAAGCAGCAAAGAACUAAUAAGUAGUAUCAG